GGGACGGUGUGCACAGAGGAGGAGAAGGGGGAGAAGAGGAGGAGUGAGGGGAGGGAGGACAGUCUGACAUCAGCAGACAGAAUCCGACGGUUCACCGUCAAACAGUUUGGAUACAACGUUCUGAGCCUGGCUCGCCGAGGACUGAAGGAUGUUCCGGAUGAACUGUGGGAGCUGUCGGAGUUGGAGAAGCUAAAUCUGUCUCUCAACAGCCUGAAGGUUCUUCCUCCUCAGCUGGCUCUGCUCUCCAACCUCGUGGUCCUCAAUCUGUGGGGUAACCAGCUGAGCAGUCUGCCUCCAGAGAUCGGUCAGCUGAGGAGACUCCGCGUUUUAUUCGCCUACAGAAACAGACUGAAAGAGGUUCCUGAGGAGCUGGGAGCCUGCACACAGCUGGAGGUGCUGAGUUUAGCCAACAACCAGCUGUCAUCGCUGCCGGCCUCUCUCUCCAAUCUGACCAAACUGAGGAAACUCAACCUCAGUCACAACCUCAUCGCUCACAUCCCAGGCUGCGUCUACAACAUGAAGGCUCUGGUGUUCCUCCACCUGGCCUGCAACCGUUUGGAGAACCUGGCAGAGAACAUUCAGGCUCUGGUGGAGCUCAAAAUUCUCAUUGUGGAAGGAAACAGUCUCCAUUCAUUGCCCAAGGCCCUCUGCUACCUCACCAGGUUGGAGUUACUGAAUCUGGACUUUAACGACAUUAAGGAUGUUCCACAGGAGAUGCACCAGUUGUCCAAUCUAAAGAAGCUUGCCUGCCACCCUCUGGAUAAAGGACUGCACAUCGUCCACAACCCACUGCUGAAGCCGGUGAAGGAGGUGCUGGAGGGAGGGCUCAGUGCACUAUUUAACUACCUGAGGGCUGGGUAGAGGGGGGCAGGGUUCGUAACCACCCAAGUGAUUGAGGCAGAGCUUUUUUUUUAAAAAAACAAAAACUACCUUAUAGCGUGUGGGUGUAGGAGAUGGGGAUUAAUGAAAGAUGUUGAUGAUAAGUGUGGAGGUCCAGAUAAUCUUAUCUCUGAAAGAUCUCAGCAGAUAUAAUUGCUGCACCAAUUACUCACAUUUUCAGCCGAACCUUCAGUCCAGCUCCAGACCUAAAAUUUGGACAGCUGCCCGUGAUCUUAUUUAAAGAUCCAUCAGGACUGAAGCCUGUUCUCCAGGCAGGAUUUAAGG